AUGCACAUCUCCACCCCCUUUACCCGCCUUCUCUCCCUCCGCACACCCCUAAUCCUCGCACCAAUGAACUUCACCUCCUCACCCUCUCUAACAAUCUCCUCCUCUCAAGCCGGUGCAUUCCCCAUCUGGGCACUAGACCCCCGUCUUCCUUUCCCCGAAUUCCUCGCCCAGCUCUCCCUUGUCCGCUCGCGACUCGCACCCGGAACAGGAACGGGAACGGGAAACCCGACCUCCCCGUUCCAAGUAGGCGUAGCAGCCCUAGGGUGGAUGCUAGACUCCCCCUCUCCAAUAAAGAAGAUGCUCGAGCACUGUAUCCUCUCCCCACCGGGCGUAGCCGCCGUCUGGCUCUCCUUCGGCCUGAACCUAGAAGCCCAAGUCGCCCGUAUCCGAGCCCUCGACGCCGAGCGCUCCGACGGCCGGCGCACGCUCGUCUUCCUGCAAGUUGGCACUCUGCAGCAAGCGCUCGAAGCAGCUGCUUGGGGAGUAGAAGUGCUCGUUGCGCAGGGGAACGAGGCUGGCGGGCAUAGCUGGGCCAGCGCGCCGAGUACUUCUGCACUUGUGGGGCAUAUCCUCGCUGCUCUGCCCGGCGAGGCAGGGAGGGGAAGACCAUACGUCCUCGCUGCUGGCGGAGUGGGGGAUGGGAAGCAGGUAGCGGCUUACCUUACCCUAGGAGCUGAGGGGGUCGUCGUUGGUACAUUACUCGCAGCGGCAGAAGAAAGCCUUUUCCCCGAGGAGAACAAGGCUGCGCUCGUCGCUGCCCAAUCUGGGGAAGAAGCCCUGCGCACCCAGUUGUGGGAUAAGGUGCAGGGACGGCCUUGGCCAGAAGGGGUUACGGGGGGUGCGCUGAGGAAUAAGUUGUUGGACGAUGAGGGGGAGGGAGUGGGACUGGAGGAGUUGAGGCGGAGGACAAGGGAGGAGGAGGGGAGGAGGAUCGUCUGGGCUGGACAGGGGGUUGGGGGGGUCAAGGCUGUGAGACCUGCUAAGGAGAUUAUUGACCAGCUGCAGAGGGAGACUGUGGUUGCGUUACAGAAAGUGGGGACGCUGCUGGAGGAUGAUCAUGAUUCGGAGGAACAAGCGAAAUUGUAA